GCCGCCGCGUGGUCGUUGUUCGCUGUGAGGGAAUUAACAUUUCCGGAAACUUCUACAGGAACAAGUUGAAGUUCUUGGCCUUCCUGCGCAAGAGGAUGAACACAAACCCCUCCCGAGGGCCUUUCCAUUUCCGUGCCCCAAGUCGCAUCUUCUGGCGCACGGUCAGGGGGAUGUUGCCCCACAAGACCAAGAGGGGCCAAGCGGCACUGGAGCGGCUCAAGGUGUUUGAUGGGAUUCCUCCUCCCUAUGACAAGCGCAAGCGCAUGGUGGUCCCAGCGGCACUGAAGAUCAUCCGCCUCAAGCCCACACGCAAGUUUGCUGUGCUGGGCCGCCUGGCACACGAGGUAGGCUGGAAGUACCGGGAUGUGACAGAGGCCCUGGAGGAGAAGAGGAAGGAGAAGGCAAAGCUGCGCUACAACAAGAAGAGAAAGAUGAUGGUGAAACUGCAGAAGAUAGUCCCAAAAAGGAGGGAAGGAACCUUACAAAUGGA